ACUGAUUGCACACUUUUAUCCCACCGCCGCCGAUAAUCUUCUCUAUUCUUUUGUACUAACAGGAGAAAGAAGGCCAAGAUGACCACCGUAGCCAUGUCCGCCGCCGCAGACACCACCUUCCGCCACAUCAAAGCAGCCGCCUCCGUCAGCACCACCGCCCAAGUGGGGGCCUUCCCCUCAAACCUCUCUCUUCCAUCCAACUGCGCCGCCCGCAAGGCAUUUUCCAUCACCUGCUCAUCAACCACCCUCCAGACACCUUCCGCCGCCACCGCGGCCUCCUCGUCGUCAGAUCGCGUCUUCAACUUCGCAGCCGGUCCCGCCACACUCCCCGAGAACGUCCUCCUCAAGGCCCAAUCUGAGCUCUACAACUGGAACGGCUGCGGCAUGUCCGUCAUGGAGAUGAGCCACCGCGGCAAAGAAUUCCUCUCCAUCAUCCAGAAAGCAGAAUCAGAUCUCCGAACCCUCCUUGAUAUCCCCUCUAAUUAUUCCGUCCUCUUCCUCCAGGGUGGCGCGACUACUCAAUUCGCCGCUGUCCCGCUCAAUCUCUGCAAUCCCGACGACGUGGUUGAUUACGUCGUCACGGGAUCUUGGGGAGACAAGGCUUUCAAAGAAGCUGCAAAAUACUGCAAACCCAAGACCAUUUGGAGCGGCAAAUCUGAAAAAUACACCAAAAUCCCCGCCUUCGACGCCCUCGAGCAGACGCCUGGCGCCAAGUAUUUGCAUAUUUGCGCCAAUGAAACCAUUCACGGGGUUGAAUUUAAGGAUUACCCGAAGCCGGCCGGUGAAAGUACACUUCUUGUAGCUGAUAUGUCGUCAAAUUUUUGCUCGAAGCCGGUGGACGUGACUAAAUUCGGGGUGAUCUAUGCCGGAGCCCAGAAGAACGUGGGCCCAUCUGGGGUUACCAUAGUGAUCAUUAGAUCAGAUUUGAUCGGAAAUUCUCAGCCGAUUACGCCAGUGAUGUUGGAUUACAAGAUCCACGCUGAUAACAAUUCGUUGUACAACACGCCUCCGUGCUACGGGAUUUAUAUGUGUGGGCUUGUGUUUAGGGAUCUGAUUGCCCAGGGGGGGCUAAGUGAAGUGGAGAAGAAGAACGUGAAGAAGGCUGGGAUCUUGUAUGACGCCAUUGAUGGGAGCAAAGGUUUUUACAGGUGCCCAGUGGAGAAGAGUGUGAGGUCGCUGAUGAACGUUCCGUUCACUCUGGCAAAGCCGGAAUUGGAGGCGGAAUUCAUAAAGGAGGCGGCCAAGGAGAAGAUGGUGCAGCUCAAGGGGCACAGAUCGGUUGGCGGCAUGAGGGCUUCCAUAUACAAUGCAAUGCCUUUGGCUGGAGUUGAGAAGUUGGUUAGCUUCAUGAAGGAUUUCCAGGCUAGGCAUGACAGUUAAGAAUUGGUAUUAUCUUUAUCUUCUUGAUUCUUGAUAUUGUAGCUUUGUUUUGAUUGCCACCCCACUUGCUCUUUAGAUACGCCUAAUGAUUUUGUUUUCUUUUUCGUUGGAAUUGUGAGAUCUAGGUAAUAUGGUCGAUCGAGGUUUAGCAGAAUGUGAGGAGCUGUUGUUUUCUUGCUUAUCUAUAAUAAGUUGAUAUAAUUAAGAGUUGGAAAGCUUAUGGCUUCCCAAAGUAUCUUGGAAUGGCUAUGUGUUGAUGAUAAUUACUGUC